UGACGUCACACGCACAUGCUCACGGGGAGAGAUUCCAACAUGAUUUCUGAUCAAAACAUCAAACGGAGAGCUGAAUGGCAUAAAUGAAGUUUAUGAAUAAGAUUGGUCAUUAGUGAGAAAAUGGCUGCCUUACAUUAACAUUAUUUGAGAAAAAAUAAAUCUUUUUAAAAAGGUGCUUGCUGUGUAGAUAUUAUAGAUAAAAACGUAAACAUUUGUCGAUAAUAACAGAAAUUUAAAAUGGGUUGUGGAUCAUCUUCUGUACCCCCUAAUAGUACGACUAUUACAGAAGACGGUACUCAGACAGAAAAUCAUUUAUCACCUCAAAAGUCAACAAUUAGCAAGAAAAGUUCUAAGAAUAAAAUUUCACCACUGGAUAGUAAUUCUAAUAGAGAAGAUUUAUCAUCCAGUAACCCAGUCCCAAAAUCGGUAGCAUUUGAAGUUGCAUUUGACCCACCAAAAUCAUCUAGUCUACUUCUGGCUCGACCACCCAGACGUCUGCAGAGGUUAGAACCGUUAGCUUUACCAAAAUUGACACCAGAAAUGUUGGAAGAAAAACAGAGACUGGUGGAAGAGAAAAGACUUCAGCAAUUGAAGAAAAAGGCGUCAGGAUCGAGUAAGUCGUCAAGGAGACGCAAAGAAUUGAUGAAAGCACGACAGUUUGAGCGAGAACAGACGUCAGAGCAAAUAAACUUGAAAGAUGAACAACUGAAACAGGCUGAUAUCAAACGAGAAGCAAAAUUAAAAGAAGUUCAAGAAAAACAAAGAUUACGGGAAGAAAGAGCUAAACGAGCCAGGGAGAAGGCUAAAAGAUUAAAGGAAGUUGAUGAUGAUUUAGAUAUUGAUGUAGAAAAAGAUAAUCAUUAUAAUAAUAGUGAUGAUGAUUCCUGGUUAGGUGAUGAUGAUAAAGAUCACGGAACCAAGAACCAACGAGUUGAAUCUGGGUAUUCUAGUCCACAAAAACAACAACGAGACCGCCGUCCCCCACACCCAGCCAGUGCCAGUACUGUUGAUAGCUUUGACACAGCCUUUACCAGAAAUCCGUCCAAGGCUAUACAGAUAACCCAAGAUACAGAUGAUUUCUUCGACAGCUGAUAAAUUAUAGUUCAUAUUGAAUUUAUUACGAAAGGACAUGGCUUCUGGGAUUUGGGUGAAAAAUUAAGUUGUGGACUUGUUUCAAUUUUAAAUUGUUUCAAAUGGCAUUUAGUAAUUGAACUGGAAAUACACAGGACACAGAUUUAGCUCUUGCAUAAUGUAUGUUUACUAGAAGGAUGUCUGCUUACUUUUCUGAAAUGUCCUAUCUCAUCUCUAACCGAUCUAAUGCUUUAUUUUCACCCAAAUCCAAGAUGUUUAAAUCCUUUAAGAUUUGUAAAUACACCAUUUUAUAAUAAGUUAUUGUAUAUAUCAGAUGCCGUCCAUAAUUUAUUUUAUUUACUGUACUCAUGUGAUUUACUUGAAGCUAUUCCUGGUUUUGUUACAUGGUUAAGUUCGACUCUGUCUCAAUUAACUCAAGUUGUGGUCAUGAAAGGCUGAUUCAGGUCAGGUCAAACAUGAACUGUCGACAAGAAAAGAGAAGACCUUCGUAUUUAACGAGCUAUAUGUUCUGGAUAAUGUAUGGUUAAUUAUGGUACCAGCUUUCUCGCUUGUUUCAAUAGAAAUGAUAUACCUUUACCGAUACGUUGUGCGGAGGGGGUCAAAAGUGGGGUGCUAUUGAGCCCCAUAACUGGAGUUACCUCCCCAUACUUUGAAAGUGGGAGAUUAAAUUUAUUGAUGUAGUCGUCUCCUUUUCAAAUUCCUAGCUACACCAUUACAACACUGGGCUCAUGCAUUAUACUAUUCAAAUCAAGCUUUAAAUUAACGCUAAAUUGGUCAGGGUCGAAAGACGUCAUAGUUGCUGAUGGAUGCAUGUGACAUCACAAAGCAGUUUUCACGUUGACCAGACAAGAGUUGAUAAUGUAUUAUUGAAUAUGUGUUCACUUUUUUUGAUGAUAACAAACUUGAAGUAUAGUUUGAAGUAAUUUAUUAUAACUUGUUAUGUUUAAUAAUGUUGUUGAGUAUACUGAAUAUUCUAUAAUUUUAUAUUUUAAAGCGGCAUUUACAUGAUACAACCAAUCCAUACAACGGUCGCAUCAGACUGCUUGUUGUAUGGAUAGGACCAGUUCUAUUCUCAUCUGACAGACUGAUGCAAUAGCCAAUCAAAUUGCGUUAUAUUAGACGUCAUUUUUGUAUUGGCAACAAGAAUUCCUACUAAUUUACUUUUAUUAAAGAUCGCUUCUUCCAUUGAAGCAACGUCUUUUAAAAUGGAUCUAAACCUGACGAUUCUGUAAACUGAACUUUUGUGGAACAAGCCGCUGGAAACUGAACUUUUGUGAAGCAAGCAUCAUCAAAACCAUACAUUUUAAACAUUUUCCUUCAAACAACACGUGCUGGUUCAGUUACUAAGAUUGAACAAAUUAUGCAGCAACCGUAGGCCUACAUGUGUUUUGUCAUACAACAACUGUAUCACAUAAACAGCCGUCAGAUAUGUUGUACGAAUUGGUUGUAUUGUGUAAACAUCGCUUAAAUCAUGUCACACAAUUGAGAAGCAUUUAUAUUUUUAUUUAUUUUCUCAGUUGUAAAAUUACAUCAUAAACUGGAUCAGAGCAGUAGAAAUCAAAUCCUGGUCAGAGCUUCAAAUUGUUGAUCGACAAACUCUAGCAGCUUGUCAGCCAUGUGAAGCUCCUCCCAUUAAGUCCUAAUCAUGUGACCAAAGAGUCAACAUUUUAAUUCCCUUAGAUACCCCUUUCAAUUAACAAUGGGACCAGACCAGGCCUACUGUCUGGCAUACAAAUCAUGCUAACAGGAUGAUUUCAGUCAGAUCCUAGAGAUAAAACCCAUUAAUAAGUAUUAAUAGUAUACCAAAGGUCUAGGUGUAUAGACCCUUGCUGCAUUUUUGCUCAAAAUAACUCUGAACCAGUUGAGUCAGUACCACUCAAAAGUAUAAAAGGGUAGAUUGAUAAUAGAUGAAAUGAUAUUGGGUGUUCUAGAAAGACUAAGAAUACCCUGCCUGUGUAUGACAACAUGCAUUUGGCCACAUUCCAUGUUUUCUUUAUAUAUGUUUUAAUUAAUUUAUUGUAUUAUAUUUUAUAAUUAUUAUUUAAUCCAUUCCAAAACCACAUUUUGUUUAAGAAGCCACAUAAUUAUAUGUUGAUUUUCUACCCAAUUUUGUUUCCUUGUUUUAAGUCAAGUCAGCAAGGUUAAAGUAUUAUUUUAAUCAGAUAUGUGUGUUAUAAGUAUAACUGUUUAAAGUUGCAAUUUCAUAUUUUUAAGUUAUAUUUUUAAAAUUUAUUAAAAUAAAGCCUUAAAAGAGAUGAUAUCUAUAAACAGUCCUACCUUGUUAAAGAAUAAUCCUAUUAAUACGUACUAUAAUUCACUAUUGCCAGUUGAGAAAUUGGCAAAAAUAUCAUUUUUAUCUUCAAAUUCAAAUGUUUGAAGAUAACUACUCCAUGAAACUGUUCAGAAUAUAUAUAUACACAUAAAAAAAAAAAAAAACUUGUCCAGUUAUAAGCUAGUUGUCUGCUCUUAUUUAAGCAUUGCAGAUGUUAUAAUGUAUAAUAUGUAGUCAGUACAAAUUGUGAUAUUUUUGUAAAUUUUGUGAUUGUUAUAAUUGACUGUGAUAGAAAUAGGAUAUAUAUAAUAAUAGAAUGUGUUCACAUUAUACAGGCCCCUUUGUUCGCAUCAUUUUCUGCCAGUUGUUAUGGUAACUUUAUAAAUAAGGUAAAUUUCAUGUCUUUUAGCUUAUGCUCAGAAUGUGGCUGCUCUGUAAGACAACGAUUUAAAGAGCUGCUGAUCUAUCGGCAGGGAUCUCACUUCAGACACAUUUGCUGGUCUUGACCGACUAGCAGUGAAAUUGACCAGCAGGAGAACUUAUCUGUCAGUCAAAUUACAUGCCAUAAAAUUAGAUAUUUUAAUAAAUUUAACCUUAAAACACAA